AUGUUCAAAACUGUGACAGAGAGUGCAGGUUCAUAUCAAGGUGGAGUAAGCUCACAAUCGGUUGACUUGGAUGAUGAUGAGAUAGGAGGUGAGUCUCCUGGACUUAAYGCUGUUAUUYGGAAUCAGAAUGCUUCUAAAACUCAAGCCGAUCAAGAUAAACCAAAGAGGAUUAUCAAGAAACCAGUUAGGUACAUUGAAACUAGCUUUGCUUUUGCAUUGUCUAUGGAGGAGUUGUCCAUUGAUGAUGUGUUUACUGAAGAAGGGGCUGUAGCGUUUGCUCUUGCUGCAGCAGGAGUGAUUGAUAUUAAUGAGCCUCAGAGUUAUGCCGAAGCUAUGGAAAGUGCUGAUUGA